AUGAACGUCGACCGGACUUGGGCACCGGCGAGAACCCCGGUUCCAACUUCAACCUUCAACCUCACCUGCUCCCAGCUUUACGGAUCCCAACCUCAGCGCAACACCUUUGCUCAGCUCACCUCAUCUCGCCUCACCAACGCAGCUCUGGACAUGGCAAGCCAUGGUGUUUCGCGGACGGCGACGACGGGACAUCGAACAGAAGAACAGCGGGUAGCAGAGCAGAGGGAGAUCGCUAAGUACCAGGAGCUGGAGGACCUGAUCAGAGCGAAGAUUGCAGAGCGCCAGUACACCGUUGAAGUUCUUGAACUCACCUCCAAGCUCCUCAGAAAGAACCCCGAAUACUACACAAUAUGGAACGUCCGCAGACGUUUGCUAAUCUAUGGGUUAUUCUCCAAACCCUCGGAUUCAUCAUCGCCCUCGACGGAGUUGCCGAGUACGUUUCUGACCGACACUACCAUAACGUCUUCCGAAAUGUCCUCCUCUACUACUACCGUUCCGUCCGCGGCGUCGACGGCGAUCCCGCAGGCACCAAGCUCCCAGACUCUUGGGAAGAAUGGUAUAACUCUUGACUUGAUCAAGGCUGAUCUCGAAUUUUUGUUUCCCAUCAUGCUAGAGUACCCGAAGUGCUAUUGGCUGUGGAAUUAUCGACUGUGGUUGCUAGAGCAGGCCAACGAGCGCCUGGAACCUGAUUUUGCGCGUGAGCUGUGGAAACGAGAGCUUGGAUUGGUAGGAAAAAUGCUGGUCAAGGAUAGUAGGAACUUUCAUGGGUGGGGUUAUCGAAGGAAGGUAGUUUCCGAGUUGGAGAGCACCAAGUUGAAUGGGAAUAGUAUGGUGGAAUCCGAGUUCGAGUACACCACGAAGAUGAUAUAUGCACCGAAGGGGCUGUCAAACUUUUCGGCUUGGCACAGCCGAAGCAAACUGAUACCGCGACUCCUUGACGAGAGGAAUGCCGAAGAUAGCGUUAGGAAGCAAUUUUUGGAUGAUGAAUUUGAUCUCAUCGUCUCAGCCAUGUACACAGACUCGUACCCCUACGCUCAAUCCGCCUGGUUCUACUACCAAUUUCUUAUGACUACCCUUACCGACUCCGGGGGUCACGCCACCAUUACCCCAAAUUUCACGAUUGACGAUCGCAUCGAGUAUGUUGGGAAACAGCUGCUGAUCUUACGAGAUAUGCUAGACGGCGCCGAGGACUGCAAGUGGAUCUACGAUGCUCUGAUUGAGUAUACUAUGGCUCUGUGCGGUAUGGAAAAACGGGAACUUCGACCUGAGGAGAAGCAAGAUUGUAAGGCAUGGCUAGGUGAGCUUCGGAAGCUAGAUUAUUUCAGGGUUGGCAGGUGGAAUGACCUAGAUAAGUCUCUAACAAAACAGCAGCAUGAAAACAAAGAAUGA